CGUGACGGCCGCGCGCGUCCCCGGCCGCUGCGGGCUGCGAGAGCGAAGAGAAAAGACUGCGAGGCGGCCGCGGCUGUGGCCGGAGAGUAUAGGAUGAACCAGUGUAGAAGAGAAAAUACUGCAAAUUGACUGACUACUAGUGAAGAUGAUAUUUUGUUUUUGUGACAGACAUCUGUGGGAUCUGUAAUAGAAAUGAUGGCUGGCUGUGGUGAAAUUGAUCACUCAAUAAACAUGCUUCCUACGAACAGAAAAGGGAAUGAAUCCUGUUCUAAUACCACACCUUCUCUAACUGUCCCUGAAUGUGCCAUUUGUCUGCAAACAUGUGUUCACCCAGUCAGUCUACCUUGUAAGCAUGUUUUCUGCUAUCUGUGUGUAAAGGGAGCUUCAUGGCUGGGGAAGCGAUGUGCUCUCUGUCGACAAGAAAUUCCAGAGGAUUUCCUUGACAAGCCAACCUUAUUGUCACCAGAAGAACUCAAAGCAGCAAGUAGAGGAAAUGGUGAAUAUGCAUGGUAUUAUGAAGGAAGAAAUGGGUGGUGGCAGUAUGAUGAGCGUACUAGUAGAGAGCUGGAAGAUGCUUUUUCCAAAGGUAAAAAGAGCACUGAAAUGUUAAUUGCCGGGUUUCUGUAUGUUGCUGAUCUUGAAAAUAUGGUUCAAUAUAGGAGAAAUGAACAUGGACGCCGCAGGAAGAUUAAGCGGGAUAUAAUAGAUAUACCAAAGAAGGGAGUGGCUGGACUUAGGCUGGACUGUGAUGCUAAUACUAUAAACCUAGCAAGAGAGAGCUCUGCCGAUGGAGCGGACAGUAUAUCAGCACAGAGUGGAGCUUCUGUUCAGCCUCUGGUAUCUUCUUCUGUAAGGCCACUGGCCUCAGUAGAUGGUCAGUUAACAAGCCCUGCAACACCAUCCCCUGAUGCAAGCACUUCUCUGGAAGACUCUUUUGCUCAUUUACAACUCAGUGGAGACAGCAUAGCUGAAAGGAGUCAUAGAGGGGAAGGUGAAGAAGAUCAUGAGUCGUCAUCUUCAGGAAGGGUACCAGCACCAGACACCUCCAUUGAAGAAACAGAAUCAGAUGCCAGUAGUGAUAGUGAGGAUGUAUCCGCGCUUGUUGCACAACACUUGACCCAACAGAGACUUUUGGUUCCUAAUGCAAACCAGACAAUAUCUGAUCUAUCAGAUCAAUCAGGAACUGAUCGAUCAGUAGCAGGGGGUGGAACAGUGAGUGUCAGUGUCAGAUCCAGAAGGCCGGAUGGACAGUGCACAGUAACUGAAGUUUAAACUUAAAAAAAAAAGUCUUCAGCUCCAUGCUUAAGGUUAAGUGGUUAUCUGUAAAUUUCUGCCCGUUGUAACAUUAUACUCAUCCCUCGUAGUGCAUUUUGGGAGUUGGGGUGGGAAGGGGUAUGGGAAGGAUAGGUCUGUAAUUAAAAGUCUAACAUAUCUCUGUUGAGAAAUUUAUUUAAUGUAAGGAACUUGGGUGUUAAUAGUUGAGAGCUGUUAGUAAUAACCCAGUUUUCUUGAGGUUUAUUUCAUAGUUUUAAAAACUUUCUUCAGUUCUUUUAGCCAGUGUGUGUGUAUUAUGUGUGCAUCACAGUCCUCAUCUGACUCUUGCAUUGUAUCUUAUUUUUCUGCAUGGAUUGACAAAACCAUUACUAAAAUUUGGCACCUCUGAGAUGUCUGGUAUCAGUAUGAACAGGAAGCUUAAUUAUGUGAGAAUAGAUAUGAAUUGGGAGAUUUUAAAAUAGAUGAAUAACAACUUUAAUAGUACAGUUACUGACAUGGAAAUGUAAAGAAAACAGCUAGUAAUUUAAGUUUCAGAAUCUUGUCUGUAAUACACUUCAUGGUGUUCCCACAGGCUUUGCUGUCUAGUCGUUGUAGAUUGAGGUUUCUCUUGAUCCGCAUUUUUCUUUUUGAUUACAGAAUUUAUAAUUUAAUAAACACUAGAGUUUAUCAAAAAUAAUUUGCCUUUUGUUUGAGUCUGAAAAGGGGAUGGAGACAUUUUGACAUUAGUAGCCAAAAGUCACUAAAAAGGUGAUAGUUUGAAUUGGUGGUUCAGCUCCAGUAGUCACCUGCUCAGGAGUUUGACUUAGAAUAAGCAGAAUCCAAAGGCAGUGUGCAUGGAAUAAACAUGUACAGCAAUAAA